AUGAGCCAACGCAAGCGGCAAAAGUCGCCAGACGCAACGGCGAUUCAAGAGGAGGAGAGGCAAUAUGCCAUUGGAGGAACGACGUUAGAAGAAUUGAAUGAGAAGUACCCGAAUCGCCCACGCAAUCAUUCGCAGACAAUGCGCUUCUCAGAGCUUUUUAAAAGUCUUUUCAACCCUUUGAAUGAGAACAAGAAACAGCCAGCCGGUCGCGGUCCCCCCCGUACCAAGAAGGGCCCCCACGGACCACACAAGCUGUCACCACAGGAACAGAGAAGGCACAUCAUCGAGCGCUUCAUUUCGCGAUGGAGAAAUGAGGUGGGAAACGACAUCUACCCGGCUUUGCGGCUCAUUCUCCCCGACAAAGACCGAGAUCGCGGUGUCUAUGGCCUGAAGGAGAACGCUAUAGGCAAGCUUCUCGUCAAGCUCAUGAAGAUUGACAAGAAUUCGGAAGACGGCCACAACCUCCUCCACUGGAAGUUGCCGGGUCAAACCACUUUCUCGAGAUUAGCUGGCGACUUUGCGGGUCGAUGUUUCGAGGUCCUCUCCAAGCGACCGAUGAGGACGGAGGUUGGCGACAUGACGAUUGCGGAGGUCAAUGAGUUGCUGGACAAACUCGCUGCGUCGUCAGGAGAGCUAGAGAGCUUGGAGGUCUUUGAGAUUUUCUACGAGCGCAUGAACGCGGAGGAACUUAUGUGGUUGAUCCGCAUCGUGCUCAAGCAGAUGAAGGUGGGCGCGACCGAGCGAACCUUUCUCGACUUGUGGCACCCAGACGGCGAGGCUCUGUUCAGCGUAUCGUCGAGUCUACGACGUGUCUGCUGGGAGCUGUUUGACCCCAAAAUUCGUCUGGAGCAGGAUGAUACCGGGGUCACUCUUAUGGAAUGUUUUCAGCCCCAGCUGGCACAAUUCCAGAUGCCGUCCUCCUUCCAAAAGAUGGUCGAUUAUCUACGAACUACAGAGGAAGACCCCGAGUUCUGGAUUGAGGAGAAAUUGGAUGGCGAGCGCAUGCAGAUGCACAUGGCCGAAGACGCGAGCGUCCCAGGAGGUUGGCGUUUUUGCUUCUGGUCCCGUAAGGCUAAAGAUUACACCUACCUCUACGGCAACGGAUUGAAAGACGAAAAAGGAGCUUUGACUCGCCACUUGGCAGAUGCCUUCUCCGAGGGUGUCCGAAAUGUCAUCCUGGACGGUGAGAUGAUUACUUGGGACCCGGAAGUCGACAAGAUCAUGCCUUUCGGAACCCUCAAAACAGCCGCUUUGGCCGAGCAGAAUAAUCCUUACAGCAACUCAGGGCCCCGACCGCUCUAUCGUGUCUUCGACAUCCUAUUGCUCAAUGACCAGCCUCUGACGCAGUACACCCUACGAGAUCGUCGACGUGCUCUCGGGAAGGCUGUGAAAGGCGUUCACAGAAGGCUAGAGAUCCACGAAUACGAGUCUGCUACAACGCCGGAUGCCAUCGAGCCACUCCUCCGCAAGGUCGUCGCCGAGGCGUCGGAGGGCUUGGUCCUCAAGAACCCGAGGUCGAUGUACAGACUCAACAGUCGCAACGACGACUGGCUCAAGGUGAAGCCGGAGUACAUGUCCGAGUUCGGAGAGUCCCUAGAUUGUGUCGUUAUCGGCGGCUACUACGGCUCCGGGCGGAGAGGUGGCGCCAUCUCCAGCUUUAUGUGCGGUCUGCGCGUCAGCGAGAACCACAUAAAAGCUGGCGCAAACCCCGAGAAGUGCUUCAGCUUCUUCAAAGUCGGAGGCGGCUUCUCCGCGGGAGACUAUGCGGAGAUUCGGCAUCGAACGGACGGCAAGUGGAAUACGUGGGACUCGAAGAAGCCUCCGGUGGAAUACAUUGAGCUUGCGGGCGGCGACCGACAGUUUGAGAAGCCGGAUGUCUGGAUUCGACCCAGCGAGUCCGUCGUCGUGGAGGCCAAGGCCGCAAGCAUCGGCAACUCGGAGCAGUUCGCACUGGGCUUCACCCUGCGAUUCCCCCGUUUCCGCAAGCUGAGACCCGAAAAGAACUGGGACGAGGGCCUCAGCGUGCAAGAGUUUCUGGACCUCCGGAGGCGAGUGGAGGCGGAGGCCAAGGAGAAAACCAUGAGUGUCGAAAACCGCAAGCGGAAGUCGGUGAAGCGCAUCAAACGCGAAGUCGUGAUCGCCGGAACGGAAAACAUGCCGGCGCAGUUCCAAUCAGACAAGUCCAAGACAUUUAAGGGCCUCGAGUUCUGCGUCCUGUCAGAGUCACUCAAGCCGUUCAAGAAGACCAAGGCACAACUCGAGACCCUGAUUAAGGAGAACGGCGGCCAGGUUUCGCAGCGGGCUAGCCCACAAUCCGGAAUGAUUCUUGUGGCAGACAAGAACGUCGUCAAGGUUGCGAGUCUGGUCAAGGAAGGGCAAAAGGGCGGUGGUGUCAACAUCAUCAGGCCACUGUGGAUACAAGAUUGUCUCGAACAGGCUGACGACUCUCUGCUGCUCCCCUACGAGGAGCGACACUUGUUACACGCGACGGAAGCUCUCAAGACUGUUGCUUUGCAAAACACGGAUAUGUACGGGGAUAGCUACGCGCGCGAUAUCAACUUGGGCGAGCUGCGCAACAUUCUCAAGACGAUGCCCAAGAGAGAACCUGAUACCGAGCCUUUUGACAAGGCUCAAUUUCUGAAUCAGCUCGAGGAGCGUGGUCGCGGGGUGGGCCCGAUCAAAGGAUCAAUGUUCCAUCGCUGCGUGGUGCACCUGUUGAGCGUUGCACUAGAAGAAGAGGAGGACGAUAUCAAUUUGCUGAAGCUCAGGAAUUACCUCACCUUUGGCGGUGCCCGCUUGACAAGCGAUGCAGACGACGCGCAGGCUACACACAUAGUCGUUGUAGGGGAUAGUGACUUGCUGAAUGAAGCUGCUGCUGCAUUGCGAGAGGAAAUCAGCCAUAGACGGAAGAUUCCUCACAUAGUAACUGCGGACUGGGUCGAGGAAUGCUGGCGAGAGAACACGCUGCUGGAUGAGGAGAGGUACACGACAGUGUGA